UCCACACCCUCCAUCCACAGAGUGCUUCUCAUGUUGAGACACCUCCUUGUCUUUGUUACUUUCAGUUGGCAGAUAUAAGCUUUUCCUCCAAUACGGCUUAACAGUCAGCAGAAUACAUUGAAAGAUGCCGGACUGGGAUUUAUUGGGAAACUACAAGAUACAUUUUCUACAACUCAUACUUUUAAUCGUCCACCAUCUGUAACAGGGCUCGCUUAGACAUUGUGAUGAUGGAAUCCGAACAACUCUCCCUGCUGUCCUCCUUGAAUGGAGAGUUGCAGUCUGAGGAUUACAUUCAUCCCCACUAUAAGGAGGCUUAUCGCCUUGCUAUCGAUUCCCUGGUGAAUGGCGGCAGAGAGAGCUACCAGGAGUUCCUCAAGGCCGAGCGGAUAGGGAGCUUUCUCUCAGAAGAUGAACUCCACUUCAUCACUACAAAUGCCUCACACCCAUUGCCUAGCAGCCACACAGAAGAAAUCAACGGACCAGCACUGGACACUCCGGCCAGCAAGUCCUCAACUGGGACGUACUGGCCUGUGCACUCAGACAUAGUAACACCCGACCUGGAGUUAGGAUGGCCGAUGGUCAUGCAUGAUAAACUCCAAACCAAUAUAGAUCUGCUUUUCCAUCCACCCAGACUAAACAGCCCCACCAUCAAAGAGGUGAUCCGUAAACAGAUUCAGGGUGCCAGACAGGUUAUUGCAAUUGUAAUGGACAUUUUUACAGAUGUGGAUAUAUUCAAAGAAGCGGUUGAUGCCUCCAUCAGAGGAACUCCAGUUUAUGUGCUUCUGGAUGAAUUUCAUCUGCAAAGCUUUCUCUCAAUGGCUGAGAAUCAAGACAUCCAAAUCCCAAAACUUAGGAACAUGAGAGUACGCACAGUGAAGGGGCAGGAUUACAUCUGUCGUUCAGGAGCUACAUUUCAUGGAGCAAUGGAGCAGAAGUUUCUAUUGGUGGACUGCCAAACAGUGGUGUACGGAUCAUACAGCUUCAUGUGGUCCUAUGAGAAAAUCAACCUGAGUAUGGUGCAGGUCAUAACAGGCCAGCUGGUGGAGUCCUAUGACGAGGAGUUUCGAACGCUCUUCGCUCGCUCCUCCAUGCCAGCAGUUCUCGCCCCUCCCGAGGGUGUGCUACUAGAAAGGAAUGGAAGGAAUGCUCUGGCAAAGUAUGCUUCUCAAUCCAGCCAAGCCUUUGAGAGGAAGGACCAGUUGAGACAUACCCUGGACACAGUGUAUAGGAAAGCCUGUGAGAGAAAAUUGGGCAUGACAAGCCCUAUCAGAGAGAUGGAGGAGAGACUUUAUGAGGAGGAGCCAUUUCAACACAGACCCAUUGUAAAUCAUGGUGUGAGUGUUCAAAAACACAUCCAUCAGUUCCAGUCUGCAGAGACUGCAAACUUCCUGAAAAGACACAGUUAUGCUGGGGAGAGACAAGAAGUCUUGCAUGUUCCACACAACACAAGGUAUGGGGCAAGCAACUGGAAUGUGGCUGGAGAUGAAGGUUAUCACUGCGCCCCGGGAAGAAGCCCCUUUUCCAAUGCUAUGGAUGACAAUUCUCAGGGGGCACAGAUGUACAGAGGUCACAAUAUUUGGCAGUCCUACCACGGAAAUGACAAACACGCCCGCUCCAUGCAGCAGAACAUACCAACUUUGGAGCACACGGCUAAGUCCUUCUUGCGGACAUAUAGGAUAGAGUCUUACCUCAAUAACACUGACACUCCUAUUGGGGAAUCGUGUGAUUAUCUGGACCAGUAUGAAGCUCUGGAAAACAAAGCUAGCUCAUUCAUUCCCUCCAGAGUUAGGUCAUCCCUUGUUUUCAAGUCCACUAUUCCAGAGCAACCGGAGACAAACAGUUACUCAAAAAACUCUUCCAUACGUCAGGUCGAUCCCUAUGCAAGGCAAAACAAUGCACCGUAUUACUCAUCAAUGCAACGGAAUCCAGCAACAUCAAUGGAAAACAGAAUGAGACAGGAUGAGUUUAUAAUGAAGAAGCAAAGUCUGCAGAUUUUGGAUGAUCCCAGGAAUAACAUUGGCUAUGGCCCAGGAAGAGAUCCACAUCAGUCUGUCUAUGCCAGCCUGGGCAGAACCAAAGGGGGGCUGGUAAUCAAAAACCCUGAGCUCCUCCAAGACAACUGGCACAAAAGGCACAGUGUGGCAGACCCAAAGUCCAACAUAGACUACAGAGACAAUAAAGAGUCCUCCAGUCACAUGUAUGGUGGAGCCUUUCAGAGUAAACAGGCAGAUGGUGGUGGAAUAAGAGUGGGUGCACAGAAUGGAGGAUAUUCUUCAAAUCUGAAUGAGGAUCAGAGAUCUGUCUCUCAAUAUGAUGUCAAAAACACAGUGGACAUAAAGAGACCCCCUCUUUCCAUUUGGAAAGAGCCUCCCUCCAGAUCUGUGUCUGCAGCAGCCCUUGAUAUGAACAGCAAAGAGCCCACUUACAAGUCCACCAGUACAGCACUGGGCUCACCUCGUUUCCUCAAGAAGAGCUCCAAGAAAAUCAGAUCGCUGCUCAACAUACCAGAGAAAAAAGAGGGUUCCCCUCUAACCAAGGAAAAUGUCAUUCCAAAAGGGGGUGGUAGCUCAGACACCAUAGUGACUGGGGAAGAAGAACAAAGACCAAACAGAGAGAGGAAGGUUGCAUCGCAGAGUGGCACCGCAAAUCCAAUCAGAUCCCCUACCAGGAUAAAGAUGGACAAGAACCACUUUGCAGAUGAUAUAGGUAAAUCAUCAGCCCCUCGUUUCAGCACUGACGAGCUGCAGCAAAACCCUCCUGCCAGAGCUACAUCCAUUAGGACACAGGGGCAGCCUACUGCCAUUGAUGAAAGACAUGAAAGGGCAAGCCUUGCAUCAGGAAACUGGCGUAGCGAUCAGGGGGGCAGUAGUCGUUUGUAUAGCAGAUUUGAGCCUUUCUGCUCAUUUGAGAAGAAGCAACUCCACUCUUUACAAUCUGCAACAGACCCUGCACCCAUACAUGCACCAGAGAGGACCAAGAGCAUGCACUCUGCUAAAAGUAACGCCAACAAUGAACAACACAACCACACUGGUCAGCAGACAACUAGCCACCAUGAAAACAAACUGGGGAAAUUUAUACAAAGAGUAGGGAAUUUCAUUCACAAAAAUAAGUAGCAGAAAAGAAAGUUAGCAUAGUGAACCAAGCUUACUGGUUGAAUGAUGACAUUCAAAAAAGCAAUCAAAUUGUUGACAGAUUGGACACAGUGUACUGCACCAUUAAACUUGAAAACUGUUCACAUGAAUAGCUGGCCAUACCAGCUACCAUACCAUUACAUUUCUCACAACACCUGUAUCCACAACACAUGCAACCAAGAACAAAAUAUAACUUUAUUUUGCCAAAGCAUUUACCAAGAAAGCUAGUCAUCAAAACACGCUGCAAUAAUGACAAAGACUGGGGCGGCAGGGUAGACUAGUGGUUAGAGCAUUGGACUUGUAACCAAAAGGUUGCAAGUUCAAAUCCCUGAGCUGACAAGGUAAAAAUCUGUUGUUCUGCCCCAGAACAUGCAGUUAACCCACUGUUCUUAGGCCAUAUUUGAAAAUAAGAAUUUGUUCUUAACUGGCUUGCCUAGUUAAAUUAAAUAAAGGUAAAAAAUAAACUGAAUAUAUUUUCAGAAAACUUAACGUGUGUAAAUAUUUGUUUUAACAUAACGGAACAUUUCUGUGGGGAAUGGCCCUAGCCCUCACCUUCCAAUCCAACAGGUCCCAGACGUGCUCAAUGGGAUUGAGAUUCGGGCUCUUCGCUGUCCAUGGCAGAACACUGACAUUCCUGUCUUGCAGGAAAUCAUGCACAGAACAAGCAGUAUGGCUGGUGGCAUUGUCAUGCUAGAGGGUCAUGUCAGGAUGAGCCUGCAGGAAGGGUACCACAUGAGGGAGGAGGAUGUCUUCCCUGUAACACACAGCAUUGAGAUUGCCUGCAAUGACAAGCUCAGUCCGAUGAUGCUGUGACACACCACCCCAGACCAUGACGGACCCUCCACCUCCACCUCCAAAUCGAGAGCUCCGACUUUCCAACCUGAAGUUCACUGAUGUUGUCACGUAUACUCCUUCUCCGGCGCUCAAGGUUACCAGGCUGCUCAUUAUUAUGCACACCGCGAAUCAAAUCAAAUUCCAAAUCAAAUGUUAUUGGUCACAUACACAUAGUUAGCAGAUGUUACUGUGAGUGUAGUGAAUGCUUGUGCUUCUAGUUCUGACAGUGCAAUAAUAUCUAACAAGUAAUAUAACAAUUCCACAACAACUACCUAAUACUCACAAAUCUAAAGGGAUGGGAUAAGAAUAUGUACAUAUUAAUAUAUGAAUGAGCGAUGGCCGAGCAUAAUAUAUCCCAUUUAGCAGACGCUUUUGUCCAAAGCGACUUACAAGUCGGCUGGGGCCACUACUUUUACAUAUGGGUGGUCCCAGCGGGAAUCGAACCCACGACGCUUGGCGUUGCAAGCGCCAUGCUCUACCGACUGAGCCACACAGGACCCUUCAGAGGCAAGAUGCAAUAGAUGGUAUAAAACACAGUAUAUACAUAUGAGAUGAGUAAUGUAAGAUAUGUAAACAUUAUUAAAGUGACUAGUGAUCCAUUUAUUAAAGUGGCCAAUGAUUUCGAGUCUGUAUGUAGGCAGCAUGAUCAAAUCAUGAUGACUUCAUUGAUCUUCAGGUCGUAGCUCUAGAAAGAGGCCGGAUUUGCAAUUCUGAGUUGGAUGCCCAUUCAAAACGUAUUUUUCCAGUCAGAGCUCGUUUAUUCCUGACUUCCCAGUUGUCUUCAACUCACUGAAGUCAAGUUUUCAUAGUUCCAAGUUAGUUGUUUUGAGCACGGCACAAAUCAUGCUUCAUUGACGGCAUGGCCAAUGUUGAAUGUUUAUCAUUUUAAACUUGAAAAAGAGCCCCUUAAUCCCAGAUUUGGGAGCACACAGCCAUUGUCACUGAUUCCAAACCACCCAUUGAUGAAUUUGCAAUUCCAACUUGUUGUGUAAUGUUUAUGAGCACCGAUACAUUUUAUAUAUAAUUUCUCUUCAUUAUUUCUCUUCAUACAACAAGGAUUAAAAAGGAUUUGCCAGUAGAUUGUCGACCUGAUUCAUGAUGAUGACUACUAGCUAAGAUUUUGAAAGUAUGAUGUUGACAUGAUCAGUCCAAUCAAAGUUACUGUACAUAUUACGUGAUUUGACAUAAUUUUAUCUGUGGCCAAUGACCUUGAGCCUUCUUGGAUGGGCACUUAUAAUCUAACUCUAUGGAAGCACCCAAGGGGCUACAAUUGUCGAGGUCUACCCUUAGACUUUGUGGUGACGUAGUGUCUCCAUGAGUGACAGAACACUGAGCCAAUCACGGCGCAACACUCUUGUAUUUUCUACUGGCUUGCCCCACCACCACAAAUGGAACUAAACUAGGCAGAAAAACCUGCAUUUUGGUGGUAAUAAGAGGUGGAUUAAUUCGGGUGGGAUUGUGUAGGACUUCACGGAAGGCCCAGGCCCCAGAACCACGGCACGCUACUGGCACCCGCAAAUGAAAAACUGUUGUAUCUAUUUUGUGCUGUUACAUUUUUAUUGAUGUUUCGUUUCGUGUCUGAUAUGCUCAGGGUGCUGAUGCAUAUCAUUUGCGGCGUGCAUCAUGAGCAGUCAUUUUAGUCUUUUUUCAUUGAGCUGUGAGAACCCAUAUUAGCCUGGGUUGACUUGGCAUGGGCUGACUGCCAGGAGCCUACCAAAGGAUGCACCGUGUCCAUUACAUUGUAGAAAAACGCACCUCUAGUCCAAUCCGUUCAAUAGGCUAUCCAUAUUACUGAAACUUCAUCUUAUUCUUUCUAUUUCUAUGGCGGAUUCCAGGCCGCAAUUUAUAGAACAUGCCAAAACAUUGGAGAUAACAAUAGAUGACAAAGUCAAAUAUAUACUAAUUUCCCUUAUUCAUCUGUUGCAAAGUGUUCCCUAAUGCUUAUGACAAAUACAUCUCCAGAACCAGCCAUAGUCGAGCCAGCUGGCUAAUCUUUGAAUACAUUGUAGCAACAACAGAAAACAUUAACUAGCUAGAUAAGGUUAGCAUGCUAACUAGUUACACUAACAACUGUCAGUGCUCUACUUGUUAUUUCUUCACUCCACUUGGAAAUCACCACAAUGUUCCCACCCCCAAUUCAUGAAUAUCUAUUAGCAGCCUGUGUCAUUCUUCGGAGGUGGAACCUAAACGAGAAUUUCCACUAUAGGUCAGGAAUUACAUAGAAAUAGGGACAGCAUUGCCCUCUGGUGGGGCCUUUAAAGCUAUAUUCCUACAAUUCUACACAUUUCGCCAUGACUUAUGCCAUGUUAUUAUCAUAUCUGAAUGAGAAUGACUAACAAAAUCUAUGGGGGACACCUGAAAGUCAGGGCCCCUGGGCACGUGCCCGGUUAGUAUUCGGUCAUGAUUACUACAAGUUUAGAUAGCUGGCUAGACUAACUACCAAUCUAAAAAUGUACAUGGCUCAUUGUCAGGUAAUUGAGUGACUGACAUAAUAAGAGAAACUGCUGAUGCAAAACCAAAUUUCGAAAUUGCACCUGAUGUAUUUUACUAUUCUUACUCUCAAUAGUAAGUUGAGACCCAGACCCAGAGUUCCAAAGCGACUGCUUAUGUCGUUUAGGCCUGGAGCUGGCCUUGGGUGUCAAAGAUAGUUGCAGUAUAGUUUCAGGUUUUCAAAUGGUUUCAUUAAGACCUACAUAACCAGGUGAGGAGAGUUCCUAACUAAUCAGUGAGCUGAACUGAUCAAUCAGGUACAAGGGAGGAGUGACCUUGCAGACACUCGGACCUCCGUGGAAUGAGUUUGACACCUGUGGUCUAAAGUUACAGUAUGCCUUCUUUGCAGUUCAUUCCUGUCAAUGAUUCAAUUGUUAUUUCUUAAAGUAUAGAAUGUAUUCUUUGUUCCACUGAACCUUUCUGUAAUGGGAACCAUAUAUCAUCACAAUCUCAUUCCAUUUGACAUGCUUUGUCUCUGACAGUUCUGUCUUGCCACUCAUUUUAGCUUCAUGCACAGUAACUACAAGCUCAUGCAUGUUACUGAUAUAUAUGUUCAUAAAAAAAGGCUUCAUAAACACAUGAGCUUUACAUUUAACAUAAUGUGUAGUAAAUAUUUAUUUAAAUGUUUUUUCUUCUGUGCAUCGCAUUGCGCUGCAUUCAUGUCUGAAAUGUAAAUAUAAAUAAAGCUUGAUUUGUUUCGA